AUGGGAUUAUCGCCUGAAAUCAGGGCUCUGUACGCCAGAGCCAUUGAGAAUCCGGCUGGACUCAGUGCUGCCGAACAGAACCGCGUCCUCGGGCGGCCGCCACCAGAAGAAGAAGAUGAGCUUUGUCUAGCCCAAUUCGGCAUUAACCGGCAGGCUUUGAUAUCCAAGGCGCUCACGGAGCCCGACACUCUUUCUCACACCCAGUGUGACAUCGUUUUGACGGGUACUCACUACCACAGUUCGAAUCCUUCUGCUCUUAGUCUUCCAUUAGACGAUUUGGUCUCUCUGUCUCCGGAAGAAUGCCAGCUGCAGUCCGACGCUUACGGCGAGGUCCGCCGCGCAACAAACUGGUACAACACCGAAGCCCCCGCAGUUCACAAUGCCUUCGAACGUUCGAAAGCUAUACGUGAACAGGAACGGGCCGAAAGGAAGCGGAAGAGGGAGCAGCAGGUCGAGCUCAUUCAGACUGCCAUGCGGUUGCCGCGGCCGAAAUGGAUUCAAGAUCUCAUGGACGCGCAGCUUCCGCGUUGGGGCUUUGUGUGUUUCCGUACAGGCUAUGCAACAAAGGAUGAUGAUAAGGCCUCUCCCGCCGCGGAGGAUGCAGCCUGGGACCAACUUCGGUGGACGUUCAACGAUAUCGCUGAGCUCGUGCUUACCCAUUGGUGGAAGCGUGACGGCCCUCGGCUUUACGAGACUUGCGAGCACGUCUUCAUCUCGGACCCGGAUCUGAAGGGCGCGUCGCCUGAGCAUCUUCGCGCCCGGUUUCGCACGAUGAGGGAUAGAGAUGAGAUCCCGGAAGGGGUUCACCGGGACUGCUUCUUGGUUGCCGAUGCCGAAGCUCUGAGUUGCGAGUACAUUGCACAGAAGAAGGAGUAUCGAGGCGGAAGAGAUUGGGUACCAUAUGUCAAGGCCUUCGAUCCCGACUACGAUGAAACUACCGGACCGCUCAAGGGCGACUUCGCCGGUGAAAUCAACGUCCCCUUGCCCAAGGUAUUCGACUGGCUGCAUUACACCCUUUUCACAAACUGCGAGACUUGGCAGGAGAGGCAUAGACAGACAACGCAGGAGACGUGGCAGCCCAUCAGGACGGCAUAUGCCCCAUACCCCGCAUACACAGGCGUAUGGGAGGGUCGAAAGUGGUAG